AUGGCCUCCAACGCGACCAAGUCGUUCCUGGCGGAUGCGGGCUACGGGGAGCAGGAGCUGGACGCUAAUUCGGCCCUCAUGGAACUGGACAAAGGGCUCAGAUCUGGUAAACUGGGUGAACAAUGUGAGGCGGUUGUGCGAUUUCCCAGGCUCUUUCAGAAAUAUCCAUUCCCUAUUCUCAUCAACUCUGCAUUCCUAAAGCUGGCUGAUGUGUUCCGAGUUGGAAACAACUUCCUUAGGCUAUGCGUGCUGAAGGUUACCCAGCAGAGUGAAAAACAUUUGGAGAAGAUCUUGAAUGUGGAUGAGUUUGUGAAGAGAGUCUUCUCUGUAAUUCAUAGCAAUGACCCUGUGGCAAGGGCCAUCACACUCCGGAUGUUAGGAAGUCUGGCAUCCAUCAUUCCAGAGAGGAAGAAUGCUCAUCAUAGCAUUCGUCAGAGUUUGGAUUCACAUGAUAAUGUGGAAGUCGAAGCUGCUGUUUUCGCUGCUGCCAACUUCUCUGCACAAUCAAAAGAUUUUGCUGUGGGAAUUUGCAACAAAAUCAGUGAAAUGAUUCAAGGCUUAGCUACACCAGUGGAUUUGAAACUGAAGUUGAUCCCCAUUUUACAGCACAUGCACCAUGAUGCAAGCCUGGCCUCCAGCUCGCGCCAGCUUUUACAGCAGCUGGUUACAUCGUAUCCCUCCACCAAAAUGGUUAUUGUUACUCUGCACACUUUUACCCUUCUGGCUGCUUCAUCUUUGGUUGACACUCCCAAGCAGAUUCAACUUCUGUUGCAAUACUUGAAGAAUGAUCCAAGAAAGGCUGUGAAGAGACUUGCUAUUCAAGAUCUGAAGUUACUUGCAAACAAGACACCACAUACCUGGAGUAGAGAGAAUAUUCAGGCACUCUGUGAAUGUGCCCUUCAGACUCCUUAUGACAGCCUGAAACUAGGAAUGCUGUCUGUUCUCUCCACACUGUCAGGGACGAUAGCCAUCAAACACUACUUUAGUGUUGCUCCAGGAAAUGCAGUUUCUUCAGCAAGAUCCUCUGACAUAGUCAAAUUAGCCCAAGAAUGCUGUUACCAUAGUAAUCGGGGCAUUGCAGCUCAUGGUGUGAGAGUCCUGACUAAUAUAACUGCUUCUUGUCAAGAAAAAGAUCUUUUGCCAUUGGAACAAGAUGCUGUCUUUGGCCUAGAGUCUCUUCUGGUGCUCUGUAGCCAAGAUGACAGUCCAGGUGCUCAAGUAACCUUAAAGAUUGCUCUCACUUGCAUGGUGAAGCUGGCUAAAUGUCGACCCCACUUGAGCCAGUCAGUUGUGGAGCCUUUGUUGACUCAACUUCACAGUGCCCAGGAUGCUGCUAGGAUUCUCAUGUGCCAUUGCCUGGCUGCUAUUGCCAUGCAGCUGCCUGUAUUGGGUGACGGAAUGCUUGGUGACCUAAUGGAGCUCUACAAAGUGAUUGGCCGAUCCGCUACUGACAAACAACAGGAGCUUUUGGUGUCUAUGGCCACUGUGAUUUUUGUUGCCAGUCAGAAAGCAUUAUCUUCCGAAGUUAAAACGGUUAUUAAGCAACAGCUUGAGAAUGUCUCCAAUGGGUGGACAGUUUACCGGAUUGCCAGGCAAGCAUCCAGAAUGGGGAAUCAUGACAUGGCCAGAGAGCUUUAUCAAAGCCUGCUGACUCAGGUGGCUUCUGAGCAUUUCUACUUCUGGUUAAACAGUCUGAAGGAAUUCUCCCAUGCCGAACAGUGCCUCACAGGUUUGCAAGAGGAAGACUACAGUUCAGCCCUUUCCUGCAUUGCGGAGUCGCUAAAAUUCUAUCACAAAGGGAUAGCUUCGUUAACAGCUGCCAGCACACCGCUGAAUCCUUUAAGUUUUCAGUGUGAAUUUGUUAAACUAAGGAUUGAUCUUCUGCAAGCCUUUUCUCAACUUUUCUGCACUUGCAACAGCCUCAAGACAAGUCCCCCUCCUGCCAUCGCCACAACUAUAGCCAUGACCUUGGGAAAUGACCUCCAGAGAUGUGGGCGCAUCUCCAACCAGAUGAAACAAUCAAUGGAAGAAUUUCGAAGCUUAGCGUCACGUUAUGGGGAUCUAUAUCAAGCAUCUUUUGAUGCAGAUUCAGCAACUUUACGGAAUGUGGAAUUACAACAGCAGAGCUGCCUCCUGAUCUCUCAUGCAAUAGAAGCUCUGAUUCUGGAUCCAGAAUCAGCAAGUUUUCAGGAAUAUAGUUCUAGUGGAGCAUUGCAUGCUGAUAGUGAAUAUGAAAGAAGAAUGAUGUCGGUCUAUAAUCAUGUCUUGGAGGAAGUGGAGUCACUGAACCGGAAAUACGCUCCUGUAUCUUACAUGCAUACAGCUUGCCUCUGCAAUGCCGUCAUUGCUGUGCUGAAAGUUCCCCUUUCAUUUCAAAGGUAUUUUUUCCAGAAACUACAAUCCACUAGUAUUAAGCUGGCUCUGUCACCAUCUCCCCGGAACCCUGCAGAGCCAAUUGCUGUCCAGAGCAACCAGCAACUGGCUUUAAAAGUAGAAGGUGUAGUUCAACACGGAACCAAACCAGGACUCUUCCGUAAAAUUCAAUCAGUGUGUCUAAAUGUGUCUUCAACUCUACAGAGCAAAUCUGGACAAGACUAUAAGAUACCACUCGACAACAUGACCAAUGAGAUGGAGCAGAGGGUAGAGCCGCACAAUGAUUACUUCAGCACUCAGUUCCUGCUGAACUUUGCUAUCCUUGGCACUCACAACAUCACAGUGGAGUCUUCAGUGAAGGACUCCAAUGGGAUCGUAUGGAAAACUGGGCCCAAAACCACCAUUUUUGUGAAGUCUCUUGAAGAUCCUUAUUCCCAGCAGGUUCGCCUACAGCAACAGCAAGCCCAGCAACCAUCUCAACAGCAGCAGCAGCGAAAUGCCUAUUCACGGUUUUAGCUGCCAGUUGAAUGUUCCAUGUCCUUUAAGGAGUUGGAUAACUAAGCUAGCAAUUGGCUUCAUGCAGAUUCAGAUGCAAAAGUUACAGUGCAGCCCAACCAAGAGAUGUAUGUGAUAUCCAUAAACGUGUCCUGAAAAUACCCUACAAAGUCCAAGUGAAAUAGUAAUGCUCCAACCAUGAAUGCAAAUACUCCUUUUGUUGUGAAUGCAAAUACUCCUUUUGUUGCCACCUCUCUUCUUUCCCGGCACCAACUAUUUUUGUUUCGGUGCCUCCCUUCAUUUCCUGUGAGGUUGAUUUCUGUUACUAUGCUUUUUUUGGUUAGUUUGUCACUACCAUUCAUUUUUCCUACAGAAAAGGAGUCUACAGAUUUGUCCAACAAAUACUGAACAAGGCAGGUCCCUUACCAUAAUCCAGCCUCCACUACCCAUGGGGCAGAGUUGCUUCUGGCUUUGGACAAAGUAGCAGAAAAAGGUUAAAGAUGGUUAUUUCUAUGCAGGACAAAGGAAAGCUGAGUUUUCUGUAAUAGAGCAGAUGAGACACCUCCAAUAGCCUCCUGGCUGAUGAAGAAUAGUUGUUCCAGGAUUUGCGACAAUUAGCAUAUCUCUUGGGUGGUUUUCCUAGGUGGAAGCAGCUAGAAAAGAGAUGGAGAAAUUGGUGGUUGUGCUGAUUAAUGCCUAUUUUUAUAUUCAUUUUAAUAAAGAUUUUUGUUCUUAGAAACUUUGUUUCUUAAAGUAGUUUAGUCACUUUAAUUUGCAUUUUACCUGUUAGAUUGUUUGUUGUGUUUGUUUUGUAAUUCUGAAGUUUAUUAAAAGCGAAAUCUUUUACUCAGUGA